UGGUCUUUCCCCCAAACUGCCAGAGUACACACUUCCUCGCUGGGAGGGAGGCUGGUGAGAUGCAUCAAAGAUGUCUUAUAAAAUUGGAUAUAGCAGCACCUAGCUACCAUUCAUUUGCAACGCAUUGUUAAAAACAUCGAAGUAAAUACCCACUGACACGCGCAGAAGCUUAAUGUCGUCACCGGUUUCACUACGCACGAUAUAGGUCGUGCGCUCCCCCCUACUCUCUGUUUUGCGUUUUGCACUCUUUCUUGUGGUAAUAUUUGUAAAUAGUAUUCCCGUUAAAAUGGCCACCAUGGAGAAACUGAUGAGGGCCUUCGAGUCUCUAAAGGCAUUCCAACAGCAGGGACCACCGACAGCCGAGGAGCUAGUCCAAAAACAGAAGAAGGAUCCUUCUACAACCAAAAAAGACAGAGUGACUCAUUGUCUCACUAUAUGUGAAAAUAUUGUUGCACAGUCUCUGAGAAACUCACCGGAAUUCCAGAAAUUGCUUGGCAUCGCCAUGGAGAUGUUCCUGCUGUGCAGUGAUGACGGGGAAUCGGAUGUCAGGAUGGUAGCAGACGAAUGCCUAAACAAAAUCAUUAAAGCCCUCAUGGAUUCCAACCUUCCACGAUUACAACUGGAAUUAUAUAAAGAGAUUAAAAAGAACGGUGCUUCAAGGAGCCUGAGAGCAGCACUGUGGAGGUUUGCAGAGCUUUCACAUCUUGUACGGCCACAGAAAUGCAGGCCGUAUCUGGUCAAUCUGCUGCCCUGCCUAACACGCAUCAGCAAGCGACCGGAGGAAGCCGUGCAGGAGACACUGGCAGCAGCUAUCCCAAAGGUCAUGGCAGCGCUCGGGAACUUUGCCAACGACCUUGAAAUCAAGGUUUUACUGAAAUCUUUUGUUGGAAAUCUCAAGUCCAGCUCUCCAACUAUCCGCCGCACUGCCGCAAGCUCAGCAGUCAGUAUCUGCCAGCACUCGCGCAGGACUCAGUAUUUCUACACCUGGCUACUGAGUGUACUCUUAGGUUUGAUGGUUCCUGUGGAGGAGGAGCAUCCCACCGCUCUGAUCCUGGGGGUCCUGCUCACACUGAGGUACUUGAUGCCCUUACUGCAGCAGCAGGUGAAGGAUACCAGUCUGAAAGGCAGCUUCGGGGUCACUCGCAAAGAGGCUGAGGUCUCCCCCACCCAAGAGCAGCUUGUUCAGGUGUAUGAACUGACCCUUCAUUACACGCAGCACCACGAUCACAAUGUGGUCACGGCAGCCUUGGAGCUGUUGCAACAGACAUUCCGCACGCCGCCCUCUGACCUCCUGCACGCGCUCAUCACCGCUGGCAGCAUGCCCCAGGUCAGCAUCUCCCGAGAGGAGACGGAGAACCGCAGCCGCAGCGGCAGCAUCCUUGAGCUCAUAGCCGGAGGGGGGUCAUCAUGCAGUCCUCUGCUACUCAGAAAACAAAAAGGCAAGCUGCUCUCUGGAGAAGAGGAAGGGCUGGAGGAUGACAUUGGAACAAAGUCGGAGGUCAGCACUGGAACUUUCACUGGAUCAGUGAACACCGAGAGUGGCAGUGAAAUCCCUUCCUCCUCGGGCGUGUCGACUCUGGGGUCGGCCGACUCUUCGGGGGGCCACGACAUAAUCACAGAGCAGCCUCGCUCCUGCCAGCACAACCUGCAGUCGGCCGACUCUGUGGAGCUGAGUGGGGCCUCGGAGGCAGUGAGCAGCACAGCCACCGCCUCAACCAUGGCCGGCGGAGAGGGCACCGAGGACGAGGACGUGCUGAGCCGCAGCUCCAGCCAGAUCAGCACCAGCGCCGGCCCCUCCGACCCCAGCAACCUGGCCUCCUCGCCAGCCAGUGAGAGCUCCCAGACCACCACCGAGGGUCCCGACUCGGCCGUCACCCCGUCCGACUGUUCAGAGCUUGUUCUAGAUGGCAGCGAGAGCCAGUACUCAGGAAUGCAGAUCGGGCAGCUUCAGGAUGAGGAGGAAGAGGGCACAAGCCAUCCACAUGAAGUGCCCCUGGAACUCUUUAGUGAUUCCACUCUGGCACGGAGCAAACCUCACUUGCUGGAAAGUAAGAGCCACAGUCGACAGCCCUCCGACAGCAGCGUGGAUCGAUUGAUACCAAAGGAUGAAGCCUUAGAGUCGGCAGAACUUGAAAACAAGCCCUCCAGAAUCAAAGGAGAGAUUGGUCACUACACAGAUCAAAAUGCUGCACCUCUGGUCCACUGUGUACGUCUUCUGUCUGCAUCUUUUCUUUUAAAUGGACAAAAAAAUGGCCUUGUCCCAGACAAAGAGGUGAGGGUGAGUGUCAAGGCCCUGGCUGUGAGCUGCGUGGGAGCAGCAGCUGCUCUUCAUCCAGAGGCUUUCUUCAAUAAACUGUACCGAGCACCACUGGAAGGAAUCAAACCAGAAGAACAACAGUAUAUAUCUGAUAUUUUAAAGUACAUUGAUCACGGAGACCCCCAGAUCAGAGGAGCUACUGCAAUACUGUGUGGGACAAUAAUCUAUUCCAUCCUGAAUAAAACGCGCUUCAAUGUAGAAAGCUGGUUAGCUAAUGUCAAAACUUCUACUGGAAACCACGUUUCCCUGGUGGACUGUGUGCCUUUACUACAAAAGACCCUGAAAGAUGAAUCUUCAGUUACAUGUAAACUGGCCUGCACAGCAGUUCGGCACUGCAUCAUGACUCUGUGCAGCAGCAGCUUCAGUGCGCUCGGCCUGCAGCUACUUGUUGACCUCCUCACCCUGAGGAACAGUUCCUAUUGGCUGGUGAGGACGGAGCUGCUGGAAACAUUGGCUGAGAUGGAUUUUAGAUUAGUAAGUUUCCUUGAAAGAACUGAAAACUUACACAAGGGGGACCACCACUACACGGGGCUGCUGAAACUCCAGGACCGGGUUCUUAAUGAUGUCAUCAUCUGCCUGCUUGGAGAUGAGGAUCCCAGAGUUCGUCAUGUGGCAGCCACUACUGUAACCAGGCUUGUCUCCAGGUUGUUUUAUGACUGUGAUCAAGGCCAGGCUGACCCAGUGGUAGCUAUAGCCCGAGACCAAAGCAGCGUCUACCUGCAGCUUCUGAUGCAUGAGACCCAGCCACCAUCUCACUUCACAGUCAGCACCAUCAUAAGGACGUACAGAGGAUUCAAUAUUUCACAGAAUCCGUCUGAUGUUACUGUGGAGAACAAUCUCUCCAGGGUUAUCACGGCUGUGUCCCACGCACUGACAUCAUCCACUUCCCGAGCUCUUACUUUUGGCUGCUGCGAAGCUCUGUGUCUCCUUUCAUCAGCAUUCCCUGUUUGUACCUGGAGUUUAGGGUGGCACUGUGGGUAUGUGACCUCCUCCGGUACCCAUCCUUCCAGAUCAAGCCUUUACAAAAACAGAGGCCGCUUAUUCAGCCUGUCUCAGUCCGGCCCCACUGAUGAUUUCCGGAAGAACUGCACUGUGGGGAUGGCCCACAUGGUCCUGUCCCUCCUCUCCUCAGCCUGGUUCCCUCUCGAUCUGUCAGCCCAUCAGGAUGCACUCAUGUUGACGGGCAACUUGCUUGCAGCGGCAGCUCCCAAGUCUCUCAAAAAACCCUGGACAGCUGAAGAGGAGGCGAAUGCAGGUGUCAACAAGCAGGAAGAACCGUGGCCAGCUCUGGGGGACCGGACAGUGGUCACCAUGGUGGAGCAGCUCUUCUCUCAUCUCAUGAAGAUCCUCAACAUCUGUGCACAUGUCAUUGAUGAUGUGGCACCCGGCCCUGCUAUAAAGGCAAGCCUUCCCUCACUUUCUAAUACACCAUCGCUGAGCCCCAUAAGAAGAAAGGGCAAAGAGAAGGAGCCAAUAGAGCAAAACGCAGCGCCUCUGAGCCCCAAAAAGAUCACCGACACCAGUCCAGCAGCCAGGCCAGCAGACACAGCUGGGGCCACUGCAACAAACAAGUCGUCCACCCUGGGCAGUUUUUACCACCUCCCUCCAUACCUGAAACUGUUUGACGUUCUGAAGGCUACUCACGCUAACUAUAAGGUAACCCUGGACCUUCAGAAUAACACUGAAAAGUUUGGUGGAUUCCUGCGGUCAGCUUUAGAUGUUUUGUCUCAGUUGUUAGAACUUGCAACCCUCCAGGACAUUGGAAAGUGUGUUGAGGAGAUCCUUGGAUACCUGAAGUCUUGCUUCUGCAGAGAACCGACCAUGGCCACUGUUUGUGUUCAGCAGCUUUUAAAGACUCUCUUUGGGACAAACCUAGCAUCUCAGUAUGAAGGCUCCUCCUCCAACACUAGUAAAUCUCAGGGCAAGGCCCAGCGGUUAGGAUCUUCCAACCUGCGUCUUGGAUUGUAUCAUUACUGCUUCAUGGCUCCGUACACACACUUCACACAGGCGCUGGCUGACGCCAGCCUAAGGAACAUGGUGCAAGCUGAACAUGAACAGGACGCCUCAGGAUGGUUUGAUGUUCUGCAAAAUGUCUCCACCCAACUGAAGUCCAACAUCUCAAAUGUAACCAGGCAUCGGGCUGAUAAGAAUGCAAUCCACAAUCACAUCCGGCUAUUUGAACCCCUGGUUAUCAAAGCUCUGAAGCAGUACACGACCACCACCUCUGUGUACCUGCAGAGACAGGUGCUGGACCUGCUGGCACAGCUAGUGCAGCUGCGGGUUAACUACUGUCUCCUGGACUCGGAUCAGGUAUUUAUUGGAUUUGUUCUGAAGCAAUUCGAAUACAUUGAAGUGGGACAGUUCAGGGAUUCAGAGGCCAUUGUUCCAAACAUCUUUUUCUUCUUGGUGCUGCUCUCUUAUGAGCGCUAUCACUCCAAACAAAUCAUCGGGAUCCCAAAAAUCAUUCAGCUGUGCGACGGCAUCAUGGCGAGUGGCAGGAAGGCGGUCACACACGCAAUUCCAGCAUUGCAGCCCAUAGUCCAUGAUCUUUUUGUGUUGAGAGGGUCCAACAAAGCUGAUGCAGGCAAAGAGCUGGAGACCCAGAAGGAAGUUGUGGUCUCCAUGCUUCUGAGACUGAUACAGUACCAUCAGGUACUGGAGAUGUUUAUACUGGUGCUACAGCAGUGUCACAAAGAAAACGAAGAUAAGUGGAAGAGAUUGUCACGUCAGAUUGCUGACAUCAUUCUGCCAAUGCUGGCAAAACAGCAGAUGCACUUGGAUUCUCAUGAAGCCCUGGGGGUGUUAAACACCCUGUUUGAGACGGUAGCACCUUCCUCGCUGCGUCCAGUUGACAUGCUGUUGAGGAGCAUGUUUGUUACGCCAGCCACCAUGUGCUCGGUUGGGACAGUCCAGCUGUGGAUAUCCGGAAUCCUGGCAAUCCUGCGUGUUCUCAUAUCCCAGUCGACGGAAGACAUUGUCCUGUCUCGCAUUCAGGAGCUCUCCUUGUCUCCUUAUCUUAUCUCUUGUGCCAACAUUGAGAGGCUCAGAGACUACUACUCUCAGACCCCACCUUCAGAGGAGGUGAAUGGAGAUGCACAAGGCAAAUACCCACCUGAGGAGACGUUUGCAAGGUUCCUAAUUCAGCUACUGGGGAUUCAGAUGGAAGAUAUUUCUACCAAACAGCUGAAAGUGGACAUGAAUGAACAGCAGCACACAUUUUACUGCCAGCAGCUCGGCACGCUUCUCAUGUGCCUCAUACACAUCUUCAAGUCAGGCAUGUUCAGAAGAAUCACUGCAGCUGCUACCAAGCUGUUCAACGGGGAUGGCUGUGAGGGGAGUUUUUACAGCCUGGACAAUCUGAACAGCAUGAUCCAGUCUCUGAUCACCACUCACCCCUCCCUGGUGCUGCUCUGGUGCCAGGUCCUCCUCCUCAUCAAUUACACCAACUACACCUGGUGGGCAGAGGUGCAUCAUACACCCAGAAGACACAGCCUGUCCAGCACUAAGCUGCUCAGUCCACACGUGUCUGACGACAGUGAUGAGUCCAAACCAGAGUCCAAGCUGGCCAUGUGCAAUCGGGAGAUCGUCCGGAGGGGAGCGCUGAUACUAUUCUCUGAUUACGUGUGCCAGAACCUUCAUGAUUCCGAACACCUAGCAUGGCUGAUAGUGAACCAUGUGCGUGAUUUGAUUAAUCUCUCCCAUGAGCCUCCAGUGCAGGAUUUUAUCAGUGCCAUCCACAGGAACUCUGCUGCCAGCGGGCUUUUCAUUCAGGCUAUUCAGUCACGCUGUGAGAACCUCUCUACGCCGACUGUGCUGAAGAAGACCCUGCAGUGCUUGGAAGGGAUUCAUCUCAGUCAGUCAGGCGCUGUGUUGAUGCUGUACGUGGAUAAAUUCAUCAAUACCCCCUUCCGUGUGCUGGCUCGCAUGGUGGACACACUCGCUUGUCGAAGGAUAGAGAUGCUCCUGGCUGAGACUUUGCAGAACAGCAUUGCCCAGUUACCACUUGAAGAGUUGGACAGGAUUCAACAGCAUCUACAGAGCAGUGGCUUAGCUCAAAGGCACCAGCGACUGUACUCCCUGCUGGAGAGGUUCCGGGCCACAGUUUUGGAGGACUCUGCGAGCCCUUCACCACCAGUAACGUCACACCCCCUGGACGGGGAGACGCCACCUCCCCCAGAAUCUGUCACCGUAGACAAGGAUUGGUACGUGAUGCUGGUGAGAUCGCAGUGCUGCACGCACACAGACACGGCUCUGCUUGAGUCAACAGAACUGCUAACCAAGCUUCCCCAGCCAGACCUCUGCUCCAUCAUGGUAUCUAAGGAGUUCAAUUUGAACCUACUGGCCCCCUGUCUCAGUGUGGGUCUGAAGAGAGUCUCUGGAGAGCAGGGCAGUGCCCUCUUCGAAACCACACUCAGGGUAACCCUGGAGCAGGUUUCCAGCAGCGGCCAGCUUUUACCCAGCAGCCACCAGGUGUUUCAGCCACUAUUGUCACCUGGAAAUACCACCUACUGGAACAAACUGAGCGACGUCUAUGGUGAAGUGGGUUUAUACCAGACUAUAGUUAGUCUCUGCAGAGCUUUGACCCAGUACCUGCUGUCAAUCCCCAAGCUACCUGCAGCUCUUCACAUGCCCAGUGACAAGGAGGUGGACGCCACCAAGUUUGUGGUAUUGGCACUUGAGACUCUGUCAUGGCGCUUGAUAAGUGGACAGGUUCCACUGAGCAUUGAUCUCCAAACUAUCCUGGAAUGCUGCUGUCUAGCCUUACAGCACCCGGCGAUAUGGUGCUUGCUGGCUUCAGCGGCUUAUGUUACACAUGCCUGUUCAUUUGUAAACUGCAUCAAGUUUCUCAUUGAAGCAGUGGCAGUCGAGCCUGGGGAUCAGCUUCUGCGUCCGGAGAGGAAGAAGAUGAGCAGAGCUCAAGCAGCUCAGGAUGAGCUGGACGCUGCUUCCACAGAGCGUCCAGUACACAUCAAAAAAGCUUGUGAAACAAUGGCUGAACUGGUGGAAAGCCUGCAGACUGUCCUGGCCUUGGGACAUUCUAGAAACGAAAUAAUCCCAGCGUUUCUGACUCCUACACUCCGCAACAUAACCAUUAGUCUGGCGCGACUGCCUCUCGUCAACAGCUACAUUAGAGUGCCUCCACUAGUCUGGAAAUUAGGCUGGUCCCCGAAACCUGGUGGAGAGUUUGGCACAGCUUUCCCCGAGAUCCCAGUGGAGUUCCUGCAGGAGAAGGAUGUGUUCCGGGAGUUCCUGUAUCGCGUGAACACUCUGGGGUGGACAAGUCGCACUCAGUUUGAAGAGACCUGGGCGUCCCUCCUUGGCGUGCUGGUGACUCAGCCCAUUGUUAUGGACCAUGAGGAAAACCAACACGAGGAGGACCUGGAGAGGACCCAGAUCAAUGUCCUAGCUGUCCAAGCGAUCACAUCCUUGGUGCUGAGUGCCAUGACAAUCCCAGUGGCAGGAAACCCUGCCGUCAGCUGCCUGGAGCAGCAGCCGCGCAACAAGGCAUUAAAAGCUCUGGAUACCAGGUUUGGAAGAAAGCUGAGUGUGAUCCGAGGGAUUGUGGAGCAAGAGAUCCAGGCGAUGGUAUCAAAGAGAGACAACAUAGCCACUCACUACCCAUAUCAGGCCUGGGACCCCGUUCCAUCCCUCUCUGCUGCAGCGACAGGUACUUUAAUCAGCCAUGAAAAACUGCUGCUGCAAAUCAACACGGAACGGGAGAUGGGCAACAUGGAUUAUAAAAUGGGACAGGUGUCCAUUCACUCGGUUUGGCUGGGAAACAGCAUCACACCCUUGAGGGAGGAGGAAUGGGAUGAAGAUGAGGAAGAAGAGAGUGACGUCCCCGCUCCAGUGUCUCCUCCCACCUCACCCAUCAACUCCAGGAAACACCGUGCUGGUGUAGAUAUCCACUCCUGCUCUCAGUUCCUCCUGGAGCUCUACAGUCAGUGGAUUCUGCCGAACAACCCCAAUAACAAGAAAACCCCUGUCAUCUUGAUCAGUGAAGUGGUCCGCUCACUUCUGGCAGUAUCUGAUUUGUUCACCGAGAGGAACCAGUAUGAGAUGAUGUACAGCACGUUGACAGAGAUGCAGAAGGUCCACCCCACUGAGGAUGAGAUACUGAACCAGUACCUCGUACCUGCCAUUUGUAAGGCUGCAUCUGUCCUAGGCAUGGACAAGGCCAUAGCGGAGCCGGUCAGCCGCUUGCUGGAGACCACCCUGCGCAGCACCCAUAUGCCGAGCCGCAUCGGAGCACUGCACGGCAUCCUCUACGUCCUGGAGUGUGACCUACUGGACGACACGGCUAAACAGCUCAUCCCCAUCAUCAGCGACUACCUGCUCUCCAAUCUGAGAGGAGUAGCACACUGUGUUAACCUCCACAACCAGCAGCAUGUGUUGGUGAUGUGUGCUGCAGCCUUCUACAUGAUUGAGAACUACCCACUUGAUGUGGUGCCAGAAUUCACAGCAGGAAUUAUCCAGAUGUGUGGUGUGAUGGUGUCUGGCUGUGAGGACUCCACACCCUCUGUGACCUAUCACUGCGUGCUGCGAGGACUGGAGCGCCUCCUGCUGUCUGAGCAGCUGUCCCGCCCGGACGGGGAGGCGCUGGUCAAGCUCAGUGUGGACCGGGUCAACAUGCCCAGCCCACACCGGGCCAUGUCUGCACUGGGGCUCAUGCUCACGUGCAUGUACACAGGGAAGGAGAAAACUAGUCCCAGUCGGACAUCUGACCUUGAUCCCACUGCUCCCGACAGCGAGUCUGUCAUCGUGGCCAUGGAGAGAGUAUCUGUUCUCUUUGACAGAAUCCGGAAGGGAUUUCCUUGUGAGGCAAGGGUAGUGGCCCGUAUCCUCCCCCAGUUUCUUGAUGACUUCUUCCCACCGCAGGAUGUGAUGAACAAAGUCAUUGGCGAGUUUCUAUCCAAUCAGCAGCCUUAUCCACAGUUCAUGGCAACUGUUGUUUACAAGGUAUUCCAGACCUUGCAUGCUACAGGACAAUCUUCCAUGGUCCGAGAUUGGGUCAUGCUUUCUCUCUCCAACUUCACUCAGAGGACACCCGUCUCCAUGGCGAUGUGGAGUCUUUCCUGUUUCUUUGUCAGCGCUUCAACAAGCCAGUGGAUUUCAGCACUCCUUCCUCAUGUUAUCAGCCGAAUGGGGAAAUCCGAGCUUGUGGAUGUCAGCCUGUUCUGUGUGGUGGGCAUGGACUUCUACAAACACCAGAUUGAUGAGGAGCUGGAUCGUCGGGCCUUCCAGUCUGUGUUUGAAGUGGUAGCCUCCCCUGGCAGCCCCUACCACCGCCUGCUCACCUGCCUGCAAACCGUCCCCCAGGUGACUGCCUUCUGAACACUGCCACGUGGAAAGGAAUGUCAAAGACUGCUCAUGUGAGAGAGACGUUAGAAGUACUUUGCAGCAAGACUCCACUCCACCCCCACCCCCCAAAAGGAUUGCCUUUAGUACCAUGAAAAUAUCGGUCUUGGAAUAUAGCAUUGUGCUUGUACUUCUCCCUCCCCCCCCAAGCCAUAACCUGCAUGGCAAAACAAAAACAAAAAAUCAGCACUAUACUGUAAAUAUGGAUUUAGUAGAUCUUCCGGCACUUUGAAUGAAAAUACCUUGAAGGUAUUUUAGAGCAGAAAUAGGACUGAUUAUCUAUGAUUUAAAAACAAUAAUAAAUAAUAAAAAAAGACUUGGUGUACUACAGUACUUCUAUUUUUAGGCAGCUUUUUGUUACAGAGGAUGGAACUGACCUUAAUUUGUGUUAAGAGAAGGGGCUGUACUGUGUAAUAUUGUUAAAUGAUGGAUUUGUAGUUUAAUAUAUCUCGCAUCAGCAGUGAAUAAGAUACAGCAGGAAGAUUGAUUUAACAUUCUUUUCAAAGUAAAAAGUUAUAUAUAGCCAUAGAAAAUCUGUAUUUAUUUUUUUUAAUACAGGCUGGGAUUAUCUUAUGAUUUCACUGCAAAAUGAAGAAGCGCAUUUCCCACUGUUAGCAUGUUAUAAUUAUCUCGUCCUGAACCUGCAGUGAUGUCAUGUACGUGUUUGUAUGUAAAAUUUAACACACAUACUUGUUUAGUUUUUUCUCUUUCUCUCAGGAUGUAAGAUGUGAUAAUAUUGAAUAGAAUUGUCUUUUAACUGAAUAAGUUCUAUAUCAUGUAAAGUAUGUACAAUUGUAAAACCUGUGGUGUAGUAGAUGUGUGUAAAACAAAGAAAAAAAACUGUACAAGGCCACUUUUUUAUGUCUUUCCAUCUCCUGUGUUUGCACGUGAAGAGAGAGUGGAGUUGAUGAUGUGUAUUUGGCGUGUUCAUGGGUGUGAAAAGUCAUCCUGUUAAUUCAUUCCAGAUAAAACUGUUAUUUAGCUAUUGCCUAAUUUAGUACAGCUUGUAUUAUAACUUGAACAAAUGGGGCAUAUCUUAAUCUCAUACAGAAAUGAGUGAAGGGUGGUUUUAAUCAGUGGGCGGGUUACUUUCCUGGGUAAGGUUAAAGAAAAGGCGAUUAGAGAAAUAAGCAUGCUACAGCUAUUGCACCAGCUGUUACAUUUUAACUGGUUUUUUGGUUUGUUUGUUUGUUAGCUUUUUUUUUUUUUUUAAUUUGCAAGCUGAAUUAUUGCUUCAGUGGCAGUUAUAUAGAGGCCACAAAAUCCAAAGGGAACAUUUAACCAUUGUAAAUUAUAAGAGCUAUGACACAGUUAUUAUAUUCUUUAUGUCCUUUCUCAGAAUAGUGACUAAUUUUUCCAUGUAAGAAGUCUUGCAUAUCUCACUCACAAUAAAAGCACUAAACUCAUUUCAUAGCAGUGCUCCAAAGCUUUAAAUAUCUUCAUAUUUUCUGAUGGCAAAAAUACACAUUCAUCUACAUUGCAGUGUUUCAGUAUAGCAAUAACAUCAGCAGUAGGGUUUAUGCCAUUCAUCUAUAAAGAACUCUAUGUGAACAGACAUGCUUUUUAGUUUACGCUUUGUUGGAAAUAAACACUACAGAUUUGAUGGCUGUUGAAGACAAAUUCAAUAACUAGUUCAUACUUUCUCUUUCUUAAUCCUAAGGACCAGUGCUCUGUUUUACAGUUAACCUUGAAGUCAUUAGAUCAUUUAUGUUAUGUUAGAAAAUGUUUACCUAUUUAAAAAAUAAUCCAAAAUCGGUAUGGGGCCUGGUUUUGAAGUGACCGUGGACCGUGUACGGAACUUGACAUUAUCUGAUGCAUUUUGGAAAGUUUCCAUCAUUCGAGUGCUACCUGAAUUUAAGUAAGCUGGGAUAAUAAGUUCAGUUGCAAAUCAUGAUAAAUAUGCAAUUAAGGGAAAUGCCUUUAUUCAUACCUGGAUGAUUGUAUAAUCUUCAUUCGUGUGGAUACAGCUACCUUGAGUACAUCAUGAGAAAACAACUUUUUGUAGUCUUUAUACAUUUUAGGACCAAACUAGUUAUUUAUUGUAUUCAAUAUUUCAUUCUUAAAGCUGAAGUAAAAAUUACAGUUUACCAUUGUAAAUCUUACCUUUUGAGAAAUGUUAUCAUCUAUUUUUUAAUGAACUGAUUACCCGAGAACAAUUAAUAGCAUUGAAAUGGAGACUUUGAUAUUUUAUAUAAUACAUGUUAAAAACCUCACAGGAUCCGAGUAGAGUUGUAACUAUCCGAUGGUUGAUGCAUUCUUAGCUAACAGAAUCUUCUUAAAACUUCCGUGCCCUAAAAAAGCCAUAGAACCACAUUUAAAAAUGCUUUCAUACACAUACAAAUGUCUUCUUUAUAACCAUGUUAAAGUGUAACAGAACAAGCUGUGGUGUUUAAAAGAAAACACAUUACUUACUUGCAUUACUCGCCGCAUUCUGUGCUGUACGUAUUCCUGCAAUGACGGUUUGAACUAUAAUGCGAUUUGCAAGUUAUCUUGCAGAGGAUAUAAAGCUUAAAUGUUUUACUGAUUCCAAUCAAUAAUUCCCUUAAACCUUCUGGUUCAUAAGUACUGCAUUGGCUACAAGAUGUCUUCCUGGUCUUGUAUUUGUGCUUAAUUGGCAUAGUUGGGAACAGAAAUAUUAUAUUUCUUCUUCACUUAAAUCUAGGUACCUACUCAAGCAGUAAGCUGAGACAAAGUGCCUAAAUGUGUCGCCUGUCAUCCUAUCAGCAUUUCUCUGUAUGUCAUUGUUCAUUGCAAUAAGUAGUUUGGUUGUUGCUCAGUCCUAAUUUUUUUCUGUACAAAGGUAUGAUGGGCACACUGGAGCCUUUUUGGAAUGUGUCCCCUGGUUUUGUUUUCAAAAAACAGAUACAUGUAUAAUUUGGAUGUGUUAUCUUUAACUACUAAGUGAUUGAAUGAUAUCACUUUAAAGAAUAUAACUUUUUAAAGAUGUAACUAUUUUAGUUUUUUGUGUUUAUCAUCAUAUAAGCAAUUUAAACCUGAAUUAUGACACUCCUUUAUUCGUGUGUAUAAGCUGAUUUUUAUGUGUUCCUUUGCUUUAUUGGUGUACAUUUUAACUUGUAACAGUGCAAUUUUAAAAGUUUUCAGGAGGUAAAUUAUACUUUAAAAAAAAGAAAUAAAAAUGUAUGCUUUA